GCGGUAAAAAACAAUUUGACUAUAAAUUUAAUUGAGCUCUUCAAACAAUGUCUGAAAAUGGAUAUCCGAACUAUUUGGAUUGGGAUUUGGGAAAUAACAUUGGACUGGGUCGGAUUUCCGGUUUGGCCAGCCCAACGCAAAGCUUAGGUUAUUGCCUUGUUGGACACGAUAUCCCAAAAGGGGUUUGGAAGGAUUCUGCGGGUAUAUGGAAAUGACCCAGAAAGAGAUUUCUGAAGGGUUUCCGAUAAUUGGCCAUCAAAGUGUUUUCAUUGAACUUUCUAGCAAAUACUCGAAACUUCACGACGGAAACAAAGAACAUCAUUUCAAGCUAACUCUGAAGACAAAUCCAAAGCUGAAUUUCUUUGUCAUAAAUUCUUCAUAAAAAUGGCAACACCAUUAUUUGCUGGGAUUACUGUUGCUGCUGCUGCUCUUGCUGGUAGAUAUGGAAUACAAGCUUGGCAAGCAUUCAAGGCACGUCCGCCUAGACCUAAAAAGUUUUUUGUAGGUGGCUUUCAACCCAAUAUGACCAAGAGGGAAGCGGCUCUUAUCCUUGGCGUAAGGGAGAGUGCGGUUGCAGAGAAGGUGAAGGAAGCUCAUAGAAGGGUAAUGAUUGCAAACCAUCCGGAUGCAGGUGGAAGCCAUUAUCUUGCCUCUAAAAUCAAUGAAGCUAAGGACAUGAUGGUCGGUAAGCCCAAAGACAGCAGCUCUGCCUUCUAAUGUCGCGGAGGAGAUAUAAAAGAUUAUUGUCUGUUCCUCUUCACCAAAACCAUGGUUAAAUGCCUAUCCCUUUAUGUUUAAAGUGAACUAAGGAACUCAGAUGCCCUUCUCUUUAGAUAAGGAAAGGUGAUUGAGUAUACACAGGUUUCAGUUGGCUGCAAUUUUAGAACGUCUACACUAUUUGAUUGGUAUAAGACUAUAAACACCAAAGCUAUUGGAUUUAAAUGACACUUUUGUCUUGUCAUGUUACUGUUAUUUUAAGCUACUUGUAUUUGGAAUAUAAGCCUUAGGGAAUUUUCAACUUGUACUCCCGAGGUUUCCAUGAACGUAGCAUGUAAAUAAAGCCAACGUUUGACAAGUUUAAAAUACAACUAAAAUAUUUAGAAUGCUCUACGUA